AGGCUUCAGAAUCGACGUCAGACAAAAAAGGCAACAGCUUAACCCACAGCAUUCAGUCUUUUCUCUCUCACCCUUCCAUGCAACUGCAGCAAACUGUGGUGAACAUCUUUAACUCACGUCGGAGUGCCGUUAUCCUCCUGUGUCCCUUUAAAUAGCACAGAAGUCCUUGAAAAGCGCCUUUUGCAUCAGGAUUAGAAUGCACAAUUUGCACUGACUACUAAGCAUUUCAUUCAGAACGGUGAAAGAAUACUAAGAGACUGUCCUGCUGACUGAGAUUUCUCUAACAGCGUCUGCAUUGCUCUUAUCUAAAUAUUUUAAGCUACAAAACGAGACUCAUGCCCAAGCUACGCAUAAUGGAUAUAUAAGCAACUGUGCUCAGGGAAUUGCAGGCUAUUUAACAUCCUGAUCAAUGACUGUGGCUAAAGUUUGUAACAGUGGCUUAGCUUUGCAUUGCCUUUUUUUAAGAAUGGAUGCUGUCUCUCCAUGACAUCAGAACAAACGUGUACACCAUCUGUUGAUAUUGUAUUGCAAAGCCGUGCAUCAGUAGCCUGUCAGUCGCCACCUUAUCUAGUUUCCAUGAGCUUAAACGUGCAGCAAAGGUGCCCCAGUUUGCUUAAUGGCAGAUACCGGCCUAAAAGACUCGACCCCUGCGAAAUGACAGUUACCCCAAAACGACCUCGACUGUCCGAGCCUGCCCCAGACAGUAGGAGUAAUCUUAGUUCCACGGGACUUCCUAGCCCACUGGCCCCUGGUGGUGACUGCACUUCCAACCUGCAAGGGCCGACAGCGUUGGGCACCUACUUGCUACUGCCGCUUGCCGGGAGGGAGAACGUGUUCCAGGCGCUCCACCUGCAUACAGGGACCGAAAUGUUGUGUAAGGUUUUUAAUAUCAAGCAUUACCAAGACAAGAUAAAGCCUUACCUGCAGCUGCCUCCACACAGAAACAUAAGCAGAAUUGUAGAAGUGAUUUUGGGAGAUCAGAAAGCCUAUGUCUUCUUUGAAAAAGUCUGGGGCGACAUGCAUUCCUAUGUUAAGAGUUGCAAAAAGCUCACCGAGGAAGAAUCAGCAAGGUUGUUCCAUCAGAUCGUGUCAGCAGUAGCUCAUUGCCAUCAGAGGGGUAUCGUGGUUGGAGACCUGAAGCUACGGAAAUUUGUCUUUUGUGAUGAGCAAAGGACACAUGUAAGAUUAGAAAACUUAGAAGACACUCACAUCAUGAAAGGGGAGGAUGAUUCUUUGUCAGACAAGCAUGGCUGCCCAGCAUAUGUCAGCCCAGAAAUUUUAAACACUACAGGAUCUUACUCUGGAAAAUCAGCUGAUGUAUGGAGUUUGGGAGUGAUGUUGUAUACACUUUUAGUUGGGCGGUAUCCAUUCCAUGACUCAGACCCAAGUACUCUUUUCACCAAGAUCCGCCGGGGCCAGUAUUGUAUUCCAGAUGAAAUCUCUCCCAAAGCUAAAUGUUUGAUCCGAAGUCUUUUAAGGAAAGACCCUUCUGAGAGACUCACUGCUUCUGAGAUUCUUCUUCACCAGUGGUUCCAUGCUGUUCUAGAACCUGGAUACCUGGAUAAGGAAAUAAAAAACUGUGACCAAACUGUUCCUGAUAUCCAAAUAGAUGAUUUUGAUAUGAGCUGCUUCUUCUGCUGAUCUUUGCCGUUCAGGACAGUCACUAAGUAAUGAAGCAAAAACUGAAUUAUCUUUGCUUUUUGACAGUGGUACAUGUGUGAAACAAUCUAACUUAUUUAAACAUAAAUGAGUCACAUAGCUAGGGGUCUAGACCAUGUUUAGAGGCUGAAAGUAUACAGCAAGAAUGUGGGCUGUGGCCAGCUUCUGAACUUUGCAAUUUUUAUGUGACUGAGUUCUGCAUAAGCUCAAAACGUUGGAUGCAUGUCUGUGUCAGGGAAUAGUUUCUUACCUUGGAAGGAUGAAACGGGUAAUAAAUGGAUGUUUAUAGCUUUCUUUAUUUCAGUUGUAGCAGUCCACUUACAAAACAUUCAUUAACAAAUUCUAAAUAGUAAACACAAGAAAGUUACAUCCUUAACUGUUGGCACAUGAUUCUGGUCUCUUUUCCUGGUAUGCAGUUUAUUGGUUGGGCCAUCUCUUAAAGUCACAAAAUAGCACAAAACAUUAUUGUACUGCAGAAGUCAUCCAUAUGUGUGUUGCUUUUGUGGUCCAUUCAUUAAGGAAUACAACUGUUGUUAAUAUGUAUUACACCAUGAGUCUUCCUUUACCCAUUUGUGAAGCCAAAGUGCUGUAAUGCAAAGGAGAUAUGAACACCUUUUUUUUUAAGAAAUUAGGAAUUCUGUGGAUAGAAGUUGUUAUUGUGAGCACCUUGGCCUAAUUGCCAUUGUAUUUCCUUACUAAUUAAUGCGAUAUUUACUUUAUUAAUGUUCUCGCAUUAAUUUGCACCAUUGUUAAAGAACAGGUUGUAUGAAUCCUGAAUUGAGAACCCAUGGACACGUGAAAUUGGGGACUGGAUAUGUUUCAAAAAAAUUGUCAUGUUUCUCAGUAAAAUUAGGAUUUAUUAUUAGGAAGGCGGAUAAACAUUAAUAUAAAUGAGUGGUUUCAGGUUAAACAGAAUUGUGAAUUACUUUUUCCAAUUUUGAUGUUUGUCACAUGAAUCUAUGUUCAGCUAGGAAGGGUGCAGAGCAUAAUUAGCUUCUGUUUGACGGCCAUACAAAAAGCAUGUCUGCCCAAAGCAAUGCAGUGAAAUCAGCUUAUCAUGGUUUGGUAAAUGUUCACUCCUGUAUGAAUUAAAUGCAGUGAUGCUGUUAACAAGGGGGUUACUCCCUCUUUAAAGCACUAAAGGAUGUCAUUUUUUUGGCAGUGACAUUUAACUUGGCCUAUUGAAAAAGAACAUUUACAGCAUAGCUUUUUUUCUUAGUUUAGAUGGUAGUAGUUUUUCCUAAGAAGAAAACCAAAAUGAAUAAGGAUGUUGCUCCAUAUGUACUAGCCUGAGAAAACUGUUUCUUUGUAGAACUAUUUUUCCUCUUUUAAAGGUAGUACCCCAUGUAAAGGUUGUAAAUCAUGCUCAUUAUACACAGGGCUGUUUGUAUUGCAGUGUUUUACAUGCAAAUGCGAUCAAAUGUUUUGUUUGCUGGAAUUGAAGGGGCGUAGGAUACAAACUUGUGACAUUUAAUAAAACAAGCAUUACAAAAAUACUGUAAUACCAUAACUCUGAGCAGUUGCAAGCAGGUGUGCUGUCUUUGCACAUUAGUCCGUACUCCUUUUCUCAUACUAAUUAUACUUUCUGUAGACAUAAGCAUUUUCAAGGCAGGCCCUUGCAAUACUGCUAUCAUAUAUGUGGCAGAGAAUGAUCCCAAAAUGUGCAUGUGCAAAACGGGUAAAUAAUUAUGGCACAGUGAUACUUGAGGGCCGAUGUAACUUGUCCCUGACUGUCCAUUGGCAAGGCCUGUGUAAGUGGUAUCAAUACCUCAUAAACUCUGUAUACUGUUUUAAUACAAACUUUGCUGUUGCGAUCCUUAUGCAUC